GAGACAACCAGACGUACGGCCCUUGUACAGCUAAUUCAGCCGAACCUCGAACCCCGAAAGAUUCGAGAACCUUUCCUUUUUAACGCAGAGCAACGUGGCAUUCGGGACCGUUUGAGGGGCCAGGAGGGAGGGCUAUAUAGCAUUUGCCAUGUUGCGCUAGGGGAAAAUGGUCAAACAUUACGGCUACUGCGGGUUGCCACAACGAGGCUGUGUAUUUUGGUAUUUUGACCGGGAGUACGGAGUACACCAAUAGUCAAUGGGUAACGUAUUAUUAAUAUGCGUAGGGCUGCCGAGAUUCUGCAACAAUUUAUACUAUACAGGACGCAGCAGAGUCGAGAAGCUCCCCGUAAGGUUCCAUACAGAUGAUGCCAGAAAAGGGAAAAAGAAAAAAGAAGAGAAAAAAGAGAAAAAAAGAAACUGCCGGUCCAACAAAUUCCGGCACCCGCCUGCUCGCAUCAGAAAUAACAAUAACUAAUAAUAAUACAAUAGGUAAGCAGUCUUUUUUUGCUUCUCCCUAAACGUGGGGAUUUAACCUCAUAACAAAAUGAAAACCUCGGCCUAGAGACAUGGACAGAAUGAGAUAUCUUGCCCUCAGGAGCUCAUUCAUACCGGAACGUUCUUUUCUUCCACCUUUCUCUCUUUCAGUCAUUUUAUUUUUUGGCGAGAAUUUGAGCAGCUUCAUGGUUGCAUGGAUUUCUUCUAUAACUAUAACUUUGUACCUCACUACGACAUGAUGAGACUGCAGUGAUGACGUUCCAAUUAUGAGGUGAAUUUCAUGACAUCACAGUGGCUUCGAAGUUUCGAUCCCCCCCCUUUUUUUCCCCGUUUAGGCACCCUUUGCCCCAAGAGAAAUAGUUAGAUUAGUUAUGGGGAAACAAAUACCUUUUUCAAAGACGCAACAAGUUAAAGUGGUGCUUAGAAGAAGAUUGAAUUUUUUUGUUGUUGAGAGAAGCUGCUCAUAUGGACGUCAUAACCAGUACCGGAGUUUGCCAACUUCCAACUGAAUGAAGCAACAUCUUACUUAACCCCAAUUGAAUUCCUCUUUUUUGGUUUCUAUCCCAUACUCUAAUUGGACCAUUAAACAAACCAUGGCCGCCUCACCCACAAAAUUCAAGCUCAACACCAGCGCCUACAUCCCAGCUAUAGGCCUGGGGACUUGGCAAGACGAGGAUGCGCAGGAGAAAGCUGUGCUGACCGCGCUGGAAGCCGGGUACCGCCAUAUCGAUACAGCAGCCAUCUACGGAACCGAAGCCGCCAUCGGCCGUGCAUUGAAAAAAUGCGGAAUUCCCCGGGACCAAAUUUUCAUCACCUCCAAGCUGUGGAAUAACAAACACCACCCAGACGACGUCGACGCCGCUCUUAGCCAGUCACUGAAGGAUCUGGGCGUGAGCUAUGUGGAUCUUUAUCUCAUGCAUUGGCCCGUUGCCUUUGCGCGUGGGGACGAGCUGUUUCCCCAGGAUGAACAGGGAAAGCGGAAGAUUGCGAAGAUUGAUUAUGUUGAUACAUACAAAGCAAUGGAAAAGCUCCAGCAAUCCGGCAAAACCAAGGCGAUAGGGAUCUCCAACUUCUCCAAGGCGGAGGUCGAGCGACUGCUCGCUAACAGCUCCAUUGUGCCCGCAGUUCACCAGAUGGAACUGCACCCCUGGCUCCAGCAGGAGGAAUUCGUAAAGUUCCACGCUAGCAAGGGAAUUCAUAUUACACAGUAUUCGUCACUGGGUAAUCAGAAUGAGAUUUAUAAUCGGGAGAAGGUGGGGCGGAUGCUUGAUGAUCCUGUUCUGAAGGAGGUGGCGGAGAAAACUGAGAAGACGUGUGCGCAGGUUGCGCUAGGUAUGUGUGAAUUCGAUUUCUUUAUAUCGACUGCGGUCGUUGCAAUAUUUUCGCUGACUAGGAUAUUCUCUAUUUUCCCUCUCUCUUUUAGCAUGGGGAAUUGCGCGCGGCCACUCCGUGCUCGUCAAGUCCAAGACGCCAGAACGCAUCCUGCAGAACUUGCAAUCUGAUUUCAGUCUCAAUCCUAAAUAUGUCAAGCAGAUUGACGGCAUUGAUAAGAAGCUACGCUUUAACGAUUCAAGUGAGGGUUUUGGGUAUAGCUUCUUCACGGAUUUGGAGGGCAAGUAGAAGUGAGAUAGCGGCAGGGCAGAUUGGUGUGUUUGGGGAGACCAUUGAUCCGGCAAAAACCAUGCCCGGUGUUACUGUCAUCGCAUGUAUAAGUAAAUAUGUAGUAAUUCACUGAAAGCUUUCGUUUUGACAUAGCUUGAACACGGCUGCUAGCAUCUUUUAGCUGCCUGCUAUUCAUGCACAUGUACAUGUAUAAGUCCAUCGAUCGUCAGGGAGGGAAGACUGAAGAACAUACUCAACAGACAUGUCUUACACCACCUUCGGAGAUAUCCCUAUCAACUCCCUGAGACAAUGAGAGCCAAUAUACUCCACCAUGAAACGGAUAAAAAUCCCUCAAGGAAGUCAUCUCGUCAAAAACUUUGGCUUAAAAUGCUU